AUGCAUAGUGAAACUGGUGAUUUCAUAGCGACUGCGCACACGAACUCUAUCAGCUCAAGGCUGCUAGGGAAUUCGAGCAGGUCGUACAAUCCUGUGCGUCCCUUCUCCUUGAAAGGGCGGCUCUUCCAUGUCUUCCUCUCCUACCGAGUUGCAACUGAAAAAGACGCCGUGAAGUUGAUCUACAAACAGCUUCGAGAGGUCUCCACCUCAAGGCUCCCCAUCCCCGCCGAAGGGAGAGGUCAGUGGUGCGGCUUCACCAAGAAGCCCUCGGGCCUGCCUCCUCAAUGUGCCAAGGUGUUCUUGGACGUGGAAUGCCUGGAAGACGGGAAGAACUGGGAGGACUCGUUUGCUCGCGGAGUCGUGCACACCAUGGUCUUCGUUCCCCUGCUCUCGUGGACGGGGGAUGGGGGAGGGUCGCUGGGAGGGAUGAUGUCGCUGAAGGAUGCGGACAGAGUGGACAACGUGCUUCUCGAGUACAUCAUCGCGUUGGAGUGGACGCGGAUGGAGGACAGCUCUCUUCGCUCGAUCCUCCCCGUGUUCAUGGACAGGGACUCGGAGGGGGCAGAGGUGAGGUUUCCGAUGGAGGAGCUGAAGAAUCUCCCCGACCGUCCUUCCAAGAUGACCAACGACACGGCAGAGCAGCUGCUGCGGAGCUUCGGCGUGAAGGAAGCGCAACUGAUGGAGAUGAGAAGCAGGUCGGUGAAGGAGACGGUGGGGAUGAUCUUGAAGCUGCAGGGGAUCAAGCUGUCGCAGAUGUCGUCAGAGCAGCCCUUCACUGACUGCGCCGAGAGGAUCCUGCACGUGGUUCGUAGGGACAUAGACUCGUGGAGGAGGAGGAGGUUUCGUUUCAACACGCCGACGGGGGUGGAGCUGCUGGACUGGCUACAGGAGAACAGCCUGAUGCGGGCAGCUCCCAUCCUGAAUGCUGCAGACCUGCACACGCUCGACAUCAUAGCGAAGCUGAGGAGAGAGGACGUGGAUCGCUUGUGGACGCUGUUCAGCAUAGCUACUGGGGUUGAGAAUGGGACUGAGUUAGAGACUUUGGGCCUGCGACUGCGACUGGCGGCUGCGAUCGAGAAGCUAAAGGAGGACGAGCGAUCGCACAAGCUGGCGAGGAGGCUGGAUGACUACACAGACGUGCGAGGAUCUGCACUGUCCUGCACGUUCUCCAGUAACGCUUGUGAGAUUGCAAUGUCAAAGGUGUUCUUCCAGGUUGCCGUAGCGCUCUAUGGUAGUGGUCUUAUCCUCUUUGGGGCUUACGUGAUGGCGAACCCGUUCCUGUGGUACGGGGGGGGGAGGACGAGGCUGCUGUGGGCAAACUACUUCAUCAUGGCUCCUCUGAAUGAGAUCGGGCUAGGCAUUCUUAUUGUCUACAUUGCCUACGUCGGUCGGUACAAGUCUCCUCUAAUUGCUCGCCGGUUUGCUCAGAGGAUGUUCAUGGUGAACAGCUUCACGGCUGUCCUCGCCCUUCUCGUCGAGAUCCUGCAGCAUGCUCUGUCCUUGCACGACCCGAGCUGGACGUGGGGAACUCCAGCUUCUUAUGCGGUCAACCCGAUCCUCAAUGGAGGAGCCAACAAGUAUGUCGGGGACCUGAUGCUUGUGAUCGCCUGCUCAUACUUCGCCAUGAUUCCGAUUCUCUUGGUUCUGUGGGUGCGAGUGCGUAAGGAGGCGUCGCAGUAUCUCAGCCGGGACGUGGAGCGAUACAACGAGCGAUGGAAGCGGGUGAGGGAGAGGUUCAACAUCGAAAGCCUCAGCGUGGCGAGUGAGCCCGCUCCUCAUCGCGGUAAGGUCGCAGAUGUACAGGUUGUGGUGGACUCGAGCCGCUGCGAGGACGAUCGUGAAGCGUUCCGUCGCGUCCUGGUGCUGACUCGCCGCAUCUCCUCCAUCAUCACCAACGACUCUCGCGCCCUAUCGCGCCAGGACAAGUGGACCAACAUAGUCUGGCUUCUGACCUCGCACUUCGACCAGAGCAGGAGGUACUCCCUCAACGGCAAGGCGCGGCAGCGAUCCUCGGACAUCGACCAGCUGUUUGCACAGGCCGCGAGCAUCAACGAGCCUGUCCAGCAGGUGCUGAGCUCCAUCGUGGAGAGCUACCUGGCGACUCAGACGCAUGAGAAGGAGCAACCGACGAGCGUUCCAUCCCCAGCUGAGCUUCAUGCGACCUUUGGGGAGGAAGAACCUGUCAAGAAGUUUGAGUUUGUACCUGGGCCGGUGAAGCAGCCGCUGCGGAGCUUCCAGAAGUGCAUCAGGGCUUACAGGAGGGACGUUGGGCUGCUGACGGAUCUUGUGCGAUGUACGUUUGUGGUGGAGGACAUGCAGACGCUGCUGGGGGUGCUGAUGAGCCUCCUGGAGCGAUCGGUCGUCGGCUUCUUCACCCAGCACGACCUGUACGGGGAGGGAGGGGAGGGAGGAGGAGAGGGCCAAGGGAAGAAGCUGUUCCGCAUCACCAAGGUGAAGAAUCGCUUCGACGAGGAGUCGAAGGACUUCGAGGAGGCGACGGGGUUCCGCAACCUCUCGCUCUCCCUCGAGGUCGGCUGGACGAGCGACGAGCGGACCUGCCACUUCGUUCCUGUCGCCGCGUGGGAGCGGAACGGGGAGGUGGAGACGCACAUCGUGGAGGUGCAGGUUCACCUCCGGCCGCUGUAUGAGGUCACCAAGGAAGGAAGCCACGGGAGCUACGUGUUCUGGCGAGAUCUCCUCGCCAAGUGA